AUGGAGGAUUUAUUGAGGGGCUACAAUCUAGAGGAGUUGAUUCCUAUGUUUGCCGGCACGAUGGUGACACUAUUAGGACAAUACAUUUCCAUCAUCAUAAUUUUUUUCAUUGUCCUGGUGGUUGCCGCCACAGCCUUCGUGAAGUACACCUACGGGUACUGGAAGAGGAUGAAGGUGCCCUGCUUUGAACCAAGCUUCCCCUUCGGAAACAGCGAUUCCUUGAUUCCCAAGGGCAUCGCCAUUGGGUUGAUCAGCAAAAAGUUCUACGACCAAUUCAAGGGCACGGGGCAAAAGCUAGGGGGAAUAUUCAUGGGCAUCCAGCCCUACUUGGUCGUGGUGGGCCCGGAACAGAUUAAAGACGUUUUAAUUAAGGACUUCCAGCAUUUCACCGAUAGAGGAGUGUACUAUACGGAGAGAGAGCCCCUGAGCGUUCAUCUUUUUUCACAACCAGGCGCAGCAUGGAGAAACUCUCGGACUAAGUUCACGUCGGUGUUCACUUCUGCGAAGAUGAAGGCGAUGUUCCAAACCAUACUGAACUGCAGCGAAGGACUGAAGGGUGCCAUGGAAAAAUGUGUGGAACAAAAGACCGACGCCGACGUUGACAUGCAAGAGGUGGCAGCCUGCUACACUACGGAUAGCAUCGGAUCCUGCGCUUUCGGCAUCGAAUGCAACAGCUUCAAACACCCCGACGCCGAAUUCAGGAAGAUGGGCCGCAAACUACUCACCGAAUUCAGUCUGAAGGACAGACUGAACCUCUUCCUCGCAAUCUACGCCCCGAGCGUAUCCCAAAAGUUCGGCGUGAGGAACAUACAGAGAGAGGUGUCCGAUUUCUUCGUGAAGACCGUCAACGACAUUGUCAGCUACAGAGAAAAGAACGAGCUACGAAGGAACGACUUCCUGCAGCUGCUGAUAGACGUAAAGAAUUCGGACGAGAAGCUAAGCAUGAACGAAUUGGUGGGGCAGGCGUUUGUGUUCUUUGCGGCGGGAUUCGAGACUUCGUCGACGGCGACGACAAUGACCCUUUUUGAAGUUAGCAGGAAACAGGAACUGCAGGAGAAACUCCGCCGAGAGAUACUUGAGGUGUUGAGGAAACACGACAAUAAAAUCACGUACGAUGCCAUUGCCGAGAUGAAGUACCUCGGACAAGCUGUUGACGAAACCUUACGAAUAUGGCCGCCCGUCCAAACUCUUACCAGGGUGUGCACGAAGGACUAUAUAUUCAAAAAUUUCGAUAUAAAGGUGGAAAAAGGAAUUCCCAUAAUGAUACCCGUCACAGCGUUGCACCACGACCCCGAAUACUGGCCCGAUCCAGAUCGAUGGGAUCCGGAUCGGUUCAGCGAAGAGAACAAGCAAAACAGACAACUGUUGACUUACCUUCCGUUUGGAGAUGGUCCUCGAAACUGUAUAGGGUUGCGAUUCGGACUCCUACAGACGAAAAUCGCCUUGAUAACUGUGCUCAGUAACUACAGGGUUACCUUGAGUCCACAAACCGUCACACCUCUGGGCAGGGACCCAGAAACAUUCGUCCUUACCACUAAGAACAGGAUAUAUCGGCGUCUGGAAAGGGUCUAGGUCUAGAAUAUACAGUCAGGCGACGCUGUGACACUACUACUACAUAUAAUUUAGGUCUGUUGGGAAAAGUACUACAAAAGUAAA